CAUUUGCCUUUUGGUUAUAUUCACAUAAACUCUAAUUCAAAUUUCAUCCCCACUCUGCAAAAGGUAGAAAAAUUUUACCACUAUAAAAGCUGGACGAAUCCUAUUUUCUGCAUCAUUUGAUUCCGAAGCAAUCAAAUACUUCUACAAAAAUGUUCAAAGCUAUCGUAUUCGCUGCUUUCUUGGCUUUGGCAGUAGCUGCCCCAGCCCCACAACCCACCGUUGUUGGCGCUUACUCCGCUGGAGUGGUAGCUGCCCCCGCCGUUGCCUACUCUGUGCCUGCUGUUUCCACCUAUGCUGCCGCCCCUGUUGUCUCUAGCUACGGAGUCCACCCCGUUGGAUAUUCUGCCUAUGGAUAUGGACAUGGAGUUCCUGUUGCCUACUAUUAAAAAAAGAAGUAUUUGUCUCACUGAAAAUUUCAAAAAUUGGUUGUGUUUUAACGAAUUUGCAAUAGUACAAUAAACUGGGUCUUUAAUAUAAGUA